AUCGCGCCUGCGCGCUACGUACUUCCUCUUUGGAUCUACGUCUCAACCGAAACGAUGGCCAAACGCACCAAGAAGGUUGGCAUUGUUGGUAAAUAUGGCACACGUUAUGGCGCUUCAUUGCGAAAAAUGGUGAAGAAGAUUGAGAUCUCCCAGCACGCCAAAUACACCUGCUCAUUCUGUGGCAAGACUAAGAUGAAGAGGAGGGCUGUGGGUAUCUGGCACUGCGGAUCCUGCAUGAAAACAGUGGCUGGAGGAGCCUGGACUUACAACACAACUUCUGCUGUCACAGUCAAGUCAGCAAUCAGGAGGCUGAAGGAGUUGAAGGAACAGUAAACUAGUGAAAUGGUCACUGAAGAAUUUGGGACUAUCUCACAAAAGAACCAACCCGGACUUGGCCUCAUCCAACAAUAAACCUGUCUGGAGUGGAA